UUAAUUAUUCCCUACCUUUAAGCAAACACAAAGACAGACAGACAGACAGACACAAAUAGUUACUACAUCCCCUCCCCCCCUCGCCCCUCUUUUUCUCUCUCUCUCAUCUGACACUGCUUCCCGCAGGGUCACGCAUGACAUUCCGCGUCGCCCCGCGACCACCAUGCCAGCCUCGUCAGCGUCGUCGGCUCACCGCCCGGAGGACCUGAUCUCGCGGCUGAGCUCCGCCGCCGCCGAAGACGGCGGCAAGCUCAAGGCCCUGAGGGAGCUCAAGAACCAGAUCAUCGGCAACCGGACCAAGAAGCUCUCCUACAUCAAGCUCGGCGCCGUCCCCUCCGUCGUCUCCAUCCUCUCCUCCACCUCCUCCGCUGCGGCGGAAGACGAUGCCUCGUCGGCCUCCCUCCUCGUGCAAUCGGCCGCCGCCGUCGGGAGCUUCGCCUGCGGCCUCGAUGCCGGCGUCAAGGCCGUUCUCGACGCCGGUGCUUUCCCUCACCUCUUGAGUCUUAUCUCUCAUCCCAAUAACAAGGUUGUGGAUGCCGGUGCUCGUUCUCUUAAAAUGAUAUACCAAUCGAAACUGGCUCCAAAGUACGAUUUUCUUGAAGAGAAAAACAUGGAGUUUCUUAUUUCACUGUUGAACAAUGAGAAUGAAAAUGUUACCGGACUUGGUGCAAGUAUCAUAUCACAUUCUUGUGAGACAAAUGUUGAGCAGAAGGAGUUGAGUGACGCUGGGGUCUUGAAGAGGCUUAUUAGUCUCCUUGGAGGUUCUCUCUGCGAGAGAGAUGCUAGUUUAGAGUCUCUAGCGACAGUAUUCAAGGGAAAUCCUGAAGUUGUCUCGAUGUUUUUGGGACCUGGAAGUGAAAGGGCAUUGAGUGCUGUAACUGAGUUAACAAAAGAUCGGUAUCCUCGGACAAGAUUGCUCGCCUGCAUGUGCUUGAUUACCAUAAGGAACGCAUCUCCUUGCUAUCUGCAAGAUGGAGGACAAAAAACCAAAUUAAUGUUGAUAUUACUUGAGCUUCUUGAUGAUCCUGGUCAAGUUGGAGACGAAGCUGCGUUUGCUUUGUCUAGUUUAAUUGCAGAAAAGGAGGAUCUACAACAGUUAGCAUUUGAAGCAAAUGUUGUUAAUAAACUUUGCAACCACUUGCAGAAAGGUCCGUUACAAGCCAAACGAAUUCAAGGUAUAUUGUUGGCAUUGGCUGAUCUAUGCUCAAAGUUGGAAAGCUGCAGGUCUAGGCUCUUAUCAUUGCAGGUCUUGAACUUGGUUACUGAUGCGCUAACUCAUGAAAGUGCCGACGUACGUGCCGCGGCUUGCAGUUGUAUGAAAAGUGUCUCUCGAUCUGUCAAGAAUUUGAGUGCAGGUAGUUUUAUGAAUGAAGUCAUUGUCAUUCCAUUGGUUCAGCUAUUACAUGAUACUUCUACUUCUGUCCAGGUUGCUGCCCUUGGUGCUAUUAGCAACAUCGUGGUUGAGUUUUCAAAGCAUAAGUCAGUUUUCAUUCAAUGUGGAGGAGUGAAACAGCUUGUUCAGCUGUCAAAAUCGAUGGAAUCAGCUAUUAGGUUAAAUGCAGUUUGGGCUUUGAGGAACUUGAUGUUCCUAUCAGACAACAGAUGCAAAGAAGGGAUUUUCUUAGAGCUCACAGCAUCGACACUAACAAGCCUAAUUUGUGACCCUGAGCCUUCUGUCCAAGAGCAAGCUCUGGCUCUUGUUCGCAAUCUUGUGGAUGGUUGUGUGGACUCCAUUGAGUAUGUUUUUUUGGAGGAUGGCCUUAUAUUACAUGCUAUUGGAAGACAAGUGCAGUCUGCCUUGAAAGCUGAGGUCUUAGUUCAGGGAAUGUACGUGCUCAGCAAUGUGGCAUCUGGGAAUGAAAUCCACAAGGAAGCAGUUAUGCACCAACUUUUCCCACAAGAUGGAAGCACCACCCAACCAAUAAUGAUCAAGCAUUUGCAGAAUAAAAACAGCCAGUUACGUACAGCAGCUGCCUGGGCUUUAGUAAAUCUCACCUUUCCAAGCAAUCUGGGUGCUUCCAGCCGGGUUGCAAAACUACGGAAUGCUGGUGUAACUUCCCAGUUAAAGAAUAUGGUCAAUGAUCCCUGCCUGGAUGUAAAGCUUCGCGUAAAAACAGCACUUGGUCAAUUCAUGACUUUUGGUGAUGGUUCAAUGUGAUUAUCAUCAUUUGUCGUUUGUUCUACUCAGAGCCAAUACCAGAGAUCUACUUGGUGCUUGGGCUUUUCUGCAAUUUCAUUAUCACCUCCAUGGGUGGCCCUCAAACAAGAUGGUAUGAUCAGUCAACGUUUAUGAUCCCAUUUCUCAAGUUCAUACCAAAUGUUCUGUAUCAAUCCAACAAUCAAUAGGAGAUUUUGUUUUACAUCUUGUGAAAAGAAAAUAAUAUGGUUAUAUCUUUGGAGUGCAAUCCAUCGUUGAAUAA